AUGGUCCAACUAUUGGUUAAUCCGACCCUUUCGUCGCCUGGCAGCAGCGCAUCUGCCCAUGAACAGACGGAUGGAUUCACUGGUGCUAGUGCUGUGAAGCAGGAAGCGACGACCACAUCCCGAGAAGAACACGCACAGCGCAUGAAGGAACUCAACUUGAAGCGCAGCAUGAUGAGAACACCACGACGAGGAUGGUCCCUGAGCGACUACCAUGACAACCAGCACCAAUCUAUGCCUCACUACCAUCCUCACUACAUCUCCCAAGUGGAACGACAAGCGCCCAUUCCCGAGAAUGCUGUCCUACAGUCUUCCAUUAUUAGACCCGAUUCGCCGGCAUCUUCGACAUUUUCGUCAGCAUCUUCAACAGUUGGCCCACUGGUCCAGAUACCUCGCCGGCCGAAGAUGCCUCCCCCUCGCCGGUCACAGUCUGUGACAGACAAGGAGCCAGAGCCCAGCAACCAGCCACGACUUCCAGCAAAUAUGAACCUACUUGACCUUCCAUCUGAGUUACAUUAUGCUCUGUUUGACUUCCUCGACCCCAUCGAUGGCGCCUGCCUUGGACUUGCCCACUCGCGGUUAUACUCGAUUCACCGGCGGAAGAACGGCAAGGUCUCCUUGUCAAGUCGGUACUCUGGACCUAACGACAGGGAAUGGGCUUGGCGGGGUGCUGGCCCUCUAAUCCGCCGGGAAACCAGCGACUUGACCGUUACCGAUAAGGCGCUCGGGAAUCUUCGCGUCAAAGGUCAGGUAUACUGCAGAAAGUGUGGCGUCUCCCGAUGUGAACUCCAUCGCCAUCUAAAGGAUUGGAUGGGCAGCGGGUAUGAGUACUGUGAGAUUCGAAAGAUGUACGGCCGACCCGCCGACGAGGGUGCCAAGUCGUAUUGCUACAUGAGCUCGCCUAAGAAUCCGCAUCGGUGUGGUCGUCACGGAGGGAAGAAGAAUUAA